AUGCUUGCUGGGAGUGUCAAUGACGAUAGCAUGCAGGGCUGGAAAAUAGCCCUCAAUCACAGCGGAUACAGAUUGCUUGCAUUUACAAGUAUCGAUGAUGAGAUACUUUUUUCAAUCAAAAAACAAGAAUGGGCCGAUAUGCAACAAACCGGAGGACAAGUAUCGCAAUCUCAACGGCACACCGCCGCUUCAAGGGCACAAGCCAAGCAUUCUGGCCACUCGGGAUCGUUGAGGGUUGAAUUCUUCUGGGUUGCGAUCAGGAAACUAUUUUUGAAGAACCCGUCAAUCUCGUCUCCCUAA